AUGAAUUCAACACUCAUGCUGCGCCGCUUUUGCUGCUGUAAUGCAACAGUAACAUCAUCAGCAGCAGUUUCCUCCCAGAAGAAGCCGCUUGUCUUCUUGGGCUCCCCAGAGGUGUCGGCAACUGUUCUUGAUUCCCUUUUCAAUGCAUCCUCCAAGCCCGAUUCCACGUUUGAGGUAGCAGCAAUUGUGACUCAACCGCCUGCAAGAAGAGGAAGGGGCAAGAAGCUGAUGCCUUCCCCAGUUGCUCAGCAUGCCCUUGACAGAGGAUUCCCCUCUGACCUCAUUUUCACUCCGGAAAGGGCUGGUGAGGAAGCAUUCUUGUAUAGUCUAAAAGCAUUGCAGCCAGACCUUUGUGUCACAGCAGCUUAUGGCAAUAUACUGCCCACCAAGUUUCUCAACAUUCCACCAAUGGGGACAGUCAACAUACACCCAAGUCUAUUGCCACUUUACCGUGGUGCUGCUCCAGUUCAAAGAGCAUUACAGGAUGGUGUCAAAGAAACUGGAGUAUCUUUAGCGUUCACUAUUCGUGCAUUGGAUGCUGGACCUAUCAUUGCACGCAAAACACUAGAAGUGGAUGAUCACAUUAAGGCUCCUGAACUACUGGAUUUGCUAUUUUCUGAAGGCACAAAGCUUCUGAUUCAUGAGCUUCCCUCAUUGUUUGACGGGGCAGCCAAAGAAAAGGCGGAACCACAAGAUGAUUCAAAGGCCACCUUAGCUCCUAAGAUUACACCUGAGGAGUCUUGGCUUUGCUUUGAUGAAGAAGCCUCAGUCCUGCACAACAAGGUUCGUGCAUUUGCAGGGUGGCCUGGUACUCGAGCGAAAGUAAUAGUUAUCGGCACCAAAAAUGACCAAGACAUACUAGACCUUAAGGUCAUCACCACAAGAGUUUCUUGCCACCGAAAUCAUGUAACUGAAGAAGAUGAGAUUACUUUUGCAAAUGGUGCGUUGUUGUUUCCAUGUGCAAGAUCCAUUGGGUUGGAGGUAUUGGAGGUCCAGCCGCCUGGCAAAAAGGUCAUGCCUGCUGCAGCAUUCUGGAAUGGUUUGCGAGGUCAAAAGCUGAAGAUAGUAAAGAUGGAACGAGUUCUCCCUGCGGCAAUGUCAACAUUGUAA